AUAAGGGAAAGGGAAAGCAUCUCAACUCAAAAGGAAAAAGGACUUGAAAGAUCAAGUGGUAGACUAAUGGUGCACACGAAAGCAACCAUUUUUGCCACUUGAACAAUUCUGGUUCAACUUCUUAUUUUAAUAAUACAACAACAACAACAACAACAAUGCCCUCCAUUCCGUUAUUAAUUUAAUCAAAGUACCGCAUCAGCAAAGCAAAGCGGAUUAGCCGUUCCGUUUGUUCUUCUCCAAGGGUGGGCUUAAAAAAGUCUGCCUUCUUCUCAUUGAGAAUUUCAAGGCCCAAGGAAAAGGAUUUGUUUAUGCGUGGGGUGUGGGGACUGCUGCUGCCACUGACAGCCAAUGCAACAAAGGCCGAAUCUUGGGGAGAUAAUACCUAUGACUAUGAGAGACAAGUACAGCUCUUAUCCUAGAGAGUUUUGAAGUUUGAACCGAUACACCCUGUUUCAAGCUUUUACCAGAUCUUUUCUUUGUUGCUGACGUUCUUCACCUGUUCCUGUUUCUUCAGACAGUUUUCUUUUUGAGGCUGCCGCUGUUUCAACUUCCAAGAGCGAAUAUAUAUAUAUUUAUAGCUCGGAAAAUAAACAAUUUGGUAUGGUCAAUGGUGAUGUAGUACUCGUUUAAGAUUUGGCCAUUUGGGGUGUCUUGGAGAAUAUCCGCAUAGUACGAAGACUACAUGAUUAUCUAGUGAAGACUGGAAUUGAUACUAGAAGUUAUUGUUGUCAAGUUUGUAGUUGACAUAAACAUCAUCCUCUAAAAUUAAGUGUCAUGGAAGAUUCCAUUCUGUUACCAGGAAUGCAGUUGGAUUACAUGGAUGAAUUGUUGUUAGAUGGAUGCUGGUUGGAGGCAAGUCCAACAGAGGGAUCUGAUUUCCUUGAUCCUAAUGCUUUCUUUGAUCCCACAUUUGAAUGGCCUACUUUGGACUCUAAUGGUGGUGAUUUGGGUGGUAGCCUCUUUCAAGGAGAGGAUCCAAUAUCUUUCUUGCCUGGAAAUCCACAUAUGAAUGAAAAUCAUUCUCAAGGUGCUCAUUUGAGCCAUAACUUGGAUGAUGUCGAUGGCGUGAGUCGCAAUCUACAUGGUGAUUGUAUGACCGAUGCUUCUGAGCUGAGUAGAAGAUGGUGGAUUGGACCCAGAGCUAAUCCAGGUCCUUCAACCUCUGUAAUGCAGAGGUUAAUUGGGGCACUUAAUCAUAUAAAAGAUUCUGCAAAAGAAACAGAUGUCCUUGUACAACUAUGGCUACCUGUAAAUAAAGGAGGUAGGCGUAUUUUGACUACCAGUGAGCAACCCUUUUCACUUGACCCCAACAGCCAAAGGCUUGCAAGUUAUAGGAACAUUUCUGCGAAAUAUCAGUUUCCAGCAGAGGAAGAUUCCAAGGACAUGGCAGGACUGCCUGGUCGUGUUUUCUUGAGUAAGGUCCCAGAGUGGACACCUGAUGUCCGAUUCUUUAGAAGUGAUGAAUACCAUAGAGUUGAUCAUGCUCAACAACACGGUGUCCGUGGAACCUUUGCUCUUCCUGUAUUUGAACAAGGUAAUAGAACUUGCUUGGGUGUUAUUGAAGUUGUGAUGACAACCGAGAAAAUCAAGAUAAAGCCAGAGAUGGAGAGCGUUUGCAAAGCAUUAGAGGCUGUCAAUCUUAGGAGUUUUACAGCUUCCAGCACUCGAAACAUACAGGCAUGUUAUAGUUCCUACCAAGCUGCCCUACCUGAGAUCAAAGAAGUUCUAAAACGUGCUUGUGAGACGCACAGAUUACCUCUGGCUCAGACUUGGGUUCCUUGUAUGCAGCUAGGUAAAGAGGGUUGCCCGCAUUCCACUGAGAACUACUUUCAUUGUGUGUCUACCGUGGAUGAUGCUUGCUAUAUAGCUAAGCCCAAUAUCCGGGGUUUUCAUGAGGUUUGCUCUGAGCAUCACUUGUUAAAAGGUCAAGGUGUUGCUGGAAGAGCAUUCAUGACUAACCAACCAUGCUUCUCAACUGACAUAACCUCCUUUAAGAAGACCGAAUAUCCUCUUGCACACCAUGCAAAGAUGCUUAAAUUGCACGCCGCUGUUGCGAUACGUUUCCGAUGCAUUCACACUGGUAAAGCAGACUUUGUCUUGGAGUUCUUUUUACCUGUGGAUUGCCGAGAUCCUGAAGGACAAAAGGAGAUGCUUAAUUCAUUAUCCAUCACUUUACAGCAAGUAUGCUGUAGCUUACGAGUUGUAACAAAUGAGGAGCUAGAGGAAGAUAGAGAUAUGGGAGUUAGUGAAGUUAUAGCCUCUUUAGAUGGCAUACCUUGUAGAAAAGAGUUAUCAGAAGAGCAGUGCACUUAUCAUUCAGAAAAGUAUUCAAGAGAAAAUUCAUCUUGGACUGCCAGUCUCACUGAGGUUAAUCAGAGCAGUAGCACUAGCACUGCCAUGAAACUCAGAAAAGAAAAACCAAGGGCGACGUGGGAUGAAAAAAUAUCCAAGGUGAAGCAGCACAAAAAACAGAUUAGCCUAAGAGGAACUGUUGAAGGUGGAGACUCUACUAUUAAUGAGAUUAGCUUUUCGAGUGCGACUAAGAGAAAAACAGGACAGAAGAGACAUAGCAAGGCAGAAAAAACAAUCACAUUGCAAGUUCUCCGCCAAUAUUUUUCUGAAAGCCUAAAAGAUGCAGCAAAAAGCCUUGGUGUGUGCCCCACAACCUUGAAAAGAACCUGUAGGCAUCAUGGAAUAGAACGCUGGCCAUCUCGAAAACUCCAGAAAGUUGGAAACUCCUUAGAGAAACUCCAGCACGUCAUUGAUUCAGUACAAGGUGUGUCUGGUGCUUUUCAUAUUAGCUCCUUGUACCCAAACUUCUCAGAGCUGGCCUCGCCAAGAUCAUCAGGAAAGAGUACAUCCUCAGCCUCAGUCUUGGGACUGAAUGAUAAGCCAAAGAAAACAACCAUACUGCCUGAGGGUGGUAAUUUUGUGUCCCAAGCUGCUACUUCAAACUCACCCUCCUCCUCUUGUAGUCAGAGUUCCAGUUCAAGUCAUAGCUGUUCCUCUGGAACGCAUCAUCCUUCAAAGUCUAACAUAUCUGGUAAUGGAGGUCUUAUAAUAGGAGAAAACUCUGGGAAUGGUGAGCUGAAAAGGGUCACAAAUGACACAGAGUUGCACACCUUAAGUCAAGAAGGACUAAAGCUCUUCCCAAGAUCACAUAGCCCUGCAUCUGUUAAGGAACAGCUUAUCUCUGACAGUAUUCAACCCGUAGUUACAGAGAAUAAUAGUCAAAUUGCUCAGGAUUUGGAUGCUCAAACUCAAAAGGUAAAGGUCACAUACGGAGAUGAUAAGAUACACUUCCGCAUGCAAAGUAAAUGGCGGCUUAAAGAUUUAUUGCUUGAAAUUACAAGAAGAUUCAAUAUAGAUGAUAUAAGUGGAUUUGAUCUCAAGUACUUAGAUGAUGAUUCUGAGUGGGUGUUAUUAACAUGUGAUGCUGAUUUGGAGGAGUGUAUUGAUGUAUGUAGAUGGUGUGAGGGAAACACAAUUAGACUCCUAUUACAAGCUUCUCAUCAUCACUUGGACCGGUCUUCAGGUAGCACUUGUCCUUCUUGAUCUAAAGUACCUCCUGUAUGAUUCGGAUUUGGUUCUAAUCAAGAAAAACAAUGUUUUUGAGAGCAAAAAUCUUAAUGCUGGAUGCAGUGCUGAAGGAAACACUCGUUUCCUGCUUUCUUCACAUAGCACUUGCAGAAGAAGUACAGUAAAGGAAAUACUUGUGACAGGAUUCGGAGAAGUGAAGUUGAUGACCAUGUUGUGCAUGGCCGAAGGCGGUUUUAAGUUUAAAAGUUUCAUCCAACCUUAAAGCUGCAUCUGUUUUUGUUGCUGGGGUUAGUAACACUUGUAAUCUCACCUUCUCUGGGUUAAAUUUAUUUUGCUGUAUAUACUAAGAAACUCUCAAGUUAGUGAAAGUGCUAGUAAACUAGUACAAUGAAGGAGCUUUUUUAACAUUA